AUGAGGUACGAGGACUGGGAUGUCCUCCUUUUCCCACGAGACUGCGGUAUUCCCUUUAGAGAGUUCGGCGUCACCUGUGAAGUUGUUCAAGAUACAGAGUUCGCACACAUCCACGGCAUUUGUGGUUUGCCGACAGUGAACUGUUUUGUGCCCAGCCUCGCACCAGGAGCACCAUUUCAAAUCUCGAUUCACUCGUGGAAUACCCCCACCAUCAGUCAAUUCACCAAAUCGUACUCCAAUCAUGUCAAUGAUGUCAAGUUCGAGACGAGGCUCUUCAUUGACGGGCGUCUUGUUGCUUCCACCUCUUUGAACCGACAGUGCGAUUGGCCGCAUGUCAUUGCAACCGGCUUUGGUAACGAAUUAUGUAUUCAUCUCGAGCAAGAAAUCCUUCAGCAAAGACAACGAAACGUAGGUGAUGCCCUCGGCCGCAUCAGACUCGUCAUCAGUGAAGGAUUUCCGCGCGAUUCUCUGACCGUACCAAUGGAGAGAGUCAACAAUAUUGUCGCCUUUUCUUUUCAGCAUGCACCCCAAGAAGUCCUAGAAGGCGUAGGGAUUGCUUGGCCGAGCCCUUCCAUGUGGCAGCGAUCCCCGAAUACGACGUCGAUGGCCAUCCCUUCGUUUUCGUUCAACAAUGUCAAAACCCACGCCCACUCUCCACGACUCCACACGAAUGGCCAACAGAAGGCCCUGGCAGGGCUUACAAUGCCCACGGUUCAAAGUGCCAUGUUUAACGUGCCGACAAACCAUGUCGAGGAACCAACCCAGGCGAGCUACAUAAGGCCUCUGCCGAACACGGAUGAGAUCCCUGACUGCAGCGACAUUGUCGAUUCGUUUGAUGACACAAACGCAUAUUUUGAUUGGCCUGGUAAGGUUGGGCUCGGGCUGAACAAUAUUCCACAGCAGUUUACCCCUGCCAUGUCAAAGUCAAGUCACAACUGGGAAUUGGGUGAGACCGGCACUGAACGCAGAGGUUCGGCCCGGGAUUCCUCAGGGAGCGGAUCUAAUGAGACCCAAUUCUCUUCUCUAGCUUUUUCUAUUGAUGACGAGGAUCCCAAAGUACUACCCAAAACCCUCAGCACGCCCAUACUCGCCGAGCGGAACCAACCAAUUCCCUUCCCAAUCUUCCCGCAUAAUGCCGUGUUACCUGAAGACCUUGCUCUCUCCUUGACAGCUUCCCUUUUGAGUCAGCCUAUGCCAUUGCAACCUCACGCCCCACCGACACGUACUUCAACGCCUGAGAUGUGGUCCCGCAAGGAAAAUCGCAAGCGGCAUUCGACAUGCCCCAUCCCGUCGGCGCUGUCUACUAGUACUACUGUUGGAUUGGAUCAUCAUGAUCAGCGAAAGGUGUCUCAGCAGCUGUACAUCCCAUCAAACGGCAGUAUCCCGCUUCCCCUCGCCCAAUCUCAAGCGCGAAGCCCCAACAGUCCUCACCCAGACCUGACCAGGAGGUCAUAUUCGAUGAGCAAGUUUGUCAGUGCUCAGACCUCAUCGACUCAGAGUAGCCCACAGAAGUUUCCCAACACCGAGGGUAAGGCUUCAGUCGAAAAAGGUAACAAGCGAUCUCGCAAUUUCACGCCAGGGUCCACGAAGCCUUUUGAAGAUGACGAGGAUGAGCAUCAACGAGCAAGUCCUCGUAUUCGACUAAGCCCGUUGUCAGAGGGCCACCCACAAGACGGGGCGUGA